CUAAGGGAAAUUAGUUUAUCUUUCCUUGAAAAAUAAAAAUCACUUAAAACAAUGUAGUUCCAAACUAACCCUAAAUAUUAAAAAAAUUGACAGUAUUUAAACCUAAAUAUUUAUAAUUAAAUUUCUGGUAAUAGAAGAAGACAGGCUGACUCUCGUGCGACCCGAUUUCAUUCCAAUCGAUCGCCAUCUGCUCAGCUGUGAUUUGUGAGCGCAAAGCCCGACAUCUAUAAAUAUCCCGCAUCCAUCCAUCCAGCCAGCCAUUGCAACCACCGGCCGGGCUGGGAGCACUCAGCACUGCGACGAGGAGAGAGGAGACGGAGACGGAUGCUUAUUCCUGUGCCUGCCUUGGUGAGUAGUGGCCUUCGCCUUGGCCUCCGCGAGCGCAUUUUUAUAUGCUUGCUCGCCCGCGAUGGAUACCAAAACCACCGCAGCGGCGCCGCUGCGGUCUCCCACCUUUAAUCACUAUACAAGCUUGCUUUUUUCUCUUUCCCCGGUGGUGCGGGUGCUGGACUGCUGGCCUCUGCGUCCGCGUCCGGCGGCAAGUGCGAAAGCUGCCAACUUUUUUUUUUCUGCUCGGUGAGUGAGGCGCUGCUGGUAUGCAUGAGCUAGGAGGUAAGGAACAACCAUACGAGGGCGAGCAGAGCAGAGAGCACACGGCGCGCCGAGCUAGCAGCAUUGCCCAAUCUCGCGGCGGGGAGAGAUUCGUGAGCGCGGAGGCGCGAAUCUUCGACGCAGCGACGGCAGCCAUGCCGGAGUCCUGGAGACCCGCCGAGGCGAAUGCCUCGUCGCAGCCGGCGGCAGGCACGUCCGGCCCCUCGGCUCAGAGCCCUGGCAAUGACGCCAAGGGACGCGCGGCGGGGGAAACCCCCGGCGCGGCGGAGGCGGCGGCGACGCGAGUGCCGUUCCACAAGCUGUUCGCGUUCGCCGACUCCACCGACGUGGCGCUCAUGCUCCUGGGCGCGCUCGGGGCCGUGGCCAACGGCGCCGCGAUGCCCUUCAUGACCGUGCUCUUCGGCAACCUCAUCGACGCCUUCGGCGGCGCGCUCAGCAUCCACGACGUCGUCAACCGGGUGUCCAUGGUCUCUCUCGAUUUCGUCUACCUCGCCAUCGCCUCCGCCGUCGCUUCCUUCGUCCAGGUGACCUGCUGGAUGAUCACCGGCGAGCGCCAGGCGGCGCGGAUACGGAACCUGUACCUCAAGACGAUCCUGAGGCAAGAGAUCGCCUUCUUCGACAAGUACACCAGCACCGGCGAGGUGGUGGGCAGGAUGUCGGGCGACACCGUGCUGAUCCAGGACGCCAUGGGCGAGAAGGUCGGCAAGUUCAUCCAGCUGGUGGUGACCUUCUUCGGCGGCUUCAUCGUCGCCUUCGCGCAGGGCUGGCUGCUGACCCUGGUCAUGAUGGCGACCAUCCCGCCGCUCGUCGUGGCCGGCGCGGUCAUGUCCAACGUCGUCACCAAGAUGGCGUCCCUGGGCCAGGCGGCGUACGCGGAGUCGUCGGUGGUGGUGGAGCAGACCAUCGGUUCCAUCAGGACGGUUGCGUCUUUCACCGGCGAGAAACGGGCGGUGGAGAAGUACAACAAGUCCCUGAAGAGCGCGUACAAGUCCAGCGUCCGGGAGGGGCUCGCCACUGGGCUUGGCAUGGGCACGGUCAUGCUGCUCCUCUUCUGCGGCUACUCGCUGGGGAUUUGGUCUGGCGCUAAGCUGAUCCUGGAGAAGGGGUACACCGGAGCCAAGGUCAUGAACGUGAUCUUUGCGGUCCUCACUGGCUCUCUGGCUCUAGGUCAAGCGUCUCCAAGCAUGAAAGCGUUUGCCGGCGGGCAGGCCGCUGCAUACAAGAUGUUCGAGACGAUCAACAGAGCGCCGGAAAUCGACGCGUACAGCACCACAGGAAGGAAGCUGGAGGACAUCCGGGGGGAAAUCGAGUUCAGGGACGUCCAUUUCUCCUAUCCGACGAGGCCUGACGAGCCGAUAUUCAGGGGUUUCUCCCUCGCCAUACCCAGCGGCACGACGAUCGCGCUGGUAGGCCAGAGCGGGAGCGGUAAAUCCACUGUCAUCAGCCUGAUCGAGCGGUUCUACGACCCUCAGCUCGGCGACGUUCUGAUAGAUGGCGUCAAUCUCAAGGAGUUCCAGCUGAGGUGGAUCAGAAGCAAAAUCGGCCUUGUCAGCCAGGAACCAGUCCUUUUCGCUGCCAGCAUAAAGGAGAACAUAGCCUACGGCAAAGCCAGCGCGACAGAUCAGGAAGUCAGAGCUGCCGCUGAGCUUGCCAAUGCUGCCAAGUUCAUAGAUAAAAUGCCUCAGGGUUUCGAUACCUCGGUUGGCGAGCAUGGGACACAGCUCUCUGGUGGACAGAAGCAGAGGAUCGCCAUCGCAAGGGCUAUUCUGAAAGAUCCAAGAAUUCUACUGUUAGAUGAAGCUACAAGUGCGCUGGACGCCGAGUCUGAAAGGAUCGUGCAGGAAGCUCUUGACAGGGUCAUGUCGAAUAGGACGACUGUCAUAGUCGCACACCGUCUGAGCACCGUUAGAAACGCUGACACCAUUGCCGUCAUUCAUCAAGGAACACUAGUUGAAAAGGGCCCACACAAUGAGCUUCUAAGAGAUCCAGAAGGAGCUUACAGCCAACUGAUAAAGCUACAGGAAGCAAACCAGCAGAACAACCGGAAGGGUGAUGGCAAUGCUCGUCUAGGCAAACAGAUGUCGAUGAACAAGUCAGCUAGCAGGAGGUUGUCCCGUGAUAACAGUAGCCACCAUUCGUUCUCGGUGCCGUUCGGUAUGCCUCUUGGGAUUGAAAUUCAGGAUGGUUCAUCCAACAAACUGUGCGACGAGAUGCCACAGGAAGUGCCUCUCAGCCGGCUCGCGUCUCUUAACAAGCCAGAGAUCCCGGUCCUCGUACUAGGUUCCAUUGCCUCGGUCAUCAGCGGAGUUAUCUUCCCGAUCUUCGCGAUACUCCUGUCAAAUGUGAUAAAGGCGUUCUAUGAGCCCCCACAUCUCCUAAGGAGGGACUCACAGUUCUGGGCUUCCAUGUUCCUGGUGUUUGGUGCGGUGUACUUCCUGUCGCUCCCCGUCAGUUCCUACCUUUUCUCCAUAGCGGGGUGCAGGCUGAUCAGAAGGAUCCGGCUGAUGACGUUUGAGAAGGUGGUGAAUAUGGAGGUCGAAUGGUUUGAUCACCCAGAAAACUCGAGCGGAGCGAUCGGUGCAAGGCUGUCAGCUGAUGCGGCCAAAGUUAGAGGACUUGUGGGAGACGCGCUCCAAUUGGUUGUGCAGAACUCUUCGACACUAGUUGCUGGUUUGGUAAUUGCAUUCGUAUCAAACUGGGAGCUAUCUCUAAUCAUCUUAGCUUUGAUACCACUCAUUGGCCUAAAUGGAUGGAUCCAGAUGAAGUUUAUUCAGGGCUUCAGCGCAGACUCAAAGAUGAUGUAUGAGGAGGCAAGCCAGGUGGCUAAUGAUGCAGUAAGCAGCAUAAGAACAGUGGCCUCAUUCUCAGCUGAAGAGAAGGUCAUGGAUUUGUACAAGAAGAAAUGUGAAGGUCCCCUAAGAACAGGAAUCAGGACAGGGAUUAUAAGUGGCAUCGGUUUUGGAGUUUCCUUUUUCUUGCUGUUUGGGGUCUAUGCAGCUAGCUUCUAUGCCGGUGCUCGGCUUGUCGAGGACAGGAAGACAACCUUUCCUAAAGUUUUCAGGGUUUUUCUUGCUCUUGCAAUGGCGGCAAUUGGAGUGUCGCAAUCAAGUACCCUUACAUCGGAUUCUUCCAAAGCAAAAUCAGCGGCGUCCUCUAUAUUUGCAAUCGUAGACCGAAAAUCAAGGAUAGACCCAAGUGAGGAUGCAGGGGUGACUGCUGAGACACUACGAGGAAAUAUCGAAUUCCAGCACGUUAGCUUCAGGUAUCCUACCAGGCCAGAUGUCCAGAUCUUCCGGGACCUUUGCCUGACAAUUCAUGCUGGAAAGACUGUUGCGCUUGUUGGGGAGAGUGGGAGUGGCAAAUCAACGGCAAUUUCAUUGCUCCAGAGGUUCUAUGACCCAGAUGUAGGCCACAUACUACUAGAUGGCGUGGACAUACGCAAGUUCCAGCUUCGGUGGUUAAGGCAGCAAAUGGGCCUGGUCAGUCAAGAACCGGCCUUGUUUAACGACACGAUAAGGGCAAACAUUGCCUAUGGAAAAGAUGGACAGGCAACAGAAUCUGAGAUCGUAUCUGCCGCACAACUGGCAAACGCUCACAAGUUCAUCAGCUCGGCGCUCCAGGGAUAUGACACAAUGGUUGGAGAGCGUGGAGCUCAGCUGUCAGGAGGGCAGAAGCAGCGCGUGGCCAUCGCCCGUGCGAUCGUGAAGGACCCUCGGAUCCUGCUUCUGGACGAAGCGACCAGCGCACUGGAUGCCGAGUCCGAGCGGAUCGUCCAGGACGCGCUGGACAGGGUGAUGGUGAACCGGACAACAGUGGUCGUCGCCCACCGUCUGUCGACGAUACAGAAUGCGGAUCUGAUCGCCGUCGUCAGGAACGGGGUUAUCAUCGAGAAGGGAAAGCACGACGCCUUGGUCAACGUCAAGGAUGGCGCGUACGCGUCCCUCGUCGCCCUUCACUCGGCAGCCUCUUCAUAGCUGCAGGUGGUAGGUAGCAUGGGAUCCUGCAAACGUCUGCUGAAACAUAUAUAUAUAUAUGGACAGAGGCACAGAGCUGCCACAACCUGUGUAGCAAGUCAGGUGCUAGUAUCUGUUCCUCUAUUUGAUGACACACAUAAUUGCUUAUUAUACCUAAGCGGGGAAAUGGUACAAAUAGCAAGGGCCAAAUGUAAAUGCAAGGAGCUGGUCCUUAAGAUAGUUAAUAUAUAUAUAUAUAUAUAUAUAAUUUAUAUUAUUAUUUUUGAAA